AAGUAUAUACAUCUUCGCCAGCCUCGCUCACGGGUUCUUCGUGUCUUCGAGCCAUAUUCCUUUGUCCGUGAACGGGACAGAUGCCAAGGACCUUGACCUCCAGAUCCCAGGUAGUGUAGCGAUCGCCCUUCGUCAGCUCACUCCGUCCUCUCUUUAUACGCCAUUUGGAUUUCAUUUUACGUUCCUUUUAUUCUUUACACUCAGUCGUUUCGAGGCGUGCGAGCGGUAACUGCUUGUUCCCGAGAUCCCAAUCUCGAUACGCGAAAUCACAGAAGCAACCACCAGUAUGGAUCCUGUAUCGUCUGGGAUGGAUCCCACCGUCCCUUUGGAAACCUUCAACAAUGGAACGAUUCCCACUGGAGGAGACUCGAGGCUGUACAACCUCAAUGUGUUUUACAACCCGGGCGACAUCGCUUGGAUGAUCACGUCAACUGCCCUCGUGCUUCUCAUGAUCCCUGGUGUCGGACUAUUCUACUCUGGACUUGCGCGAAGAAAAUCAGCCUUGUCAUUGCUAUGGCUGUCUGUAAUGGCAACAGCUGUGGUUAGCUUCCAGUGGUUCUUCUGGGGCUACUCUCUUGCUUUCUCACACAAGGCUGGGAAAUAUGUUGGAGCUCUGGACAACUUUGGACUCAUGAACGUCCUCGGUGCUCCUUCCGUCGGAAGUCCCCGCAUCCCCGACCUGAUGUUUUGCGUGUACCAGGGCAUGUUCGCGGCUAUCACUGUUGCCCUGGCCGUUGGCGCCGUUGCUGAGAGAGGCAGAAUGCUUCCCUGCAUCAUUUACAUGUUCAUCUGGACGACCGUCAUCUAUGAUCCGAUCGCGUGCUGGACCUGGAAUCCAUCUGGAUGGGUCUUUCAGAUGGGUGGAUUGGACUUCGCUGGCGGAACCCCCGUUCAUAUUGCGUCUGGAUGUGCCGCGCUCGCCUACUCAUACAUGCUUGGAAAGCGAAGGGGCCACGGCACCCAAGAACUGAACUACCGCCCGCAUAACGUCACGCACAUCGUCAUCGGCACUGUUUUCCUCUGGGUUGGGUGGUUUGGCUUCAAUGCUGGAUCAGCACUGGCCGCUAACCUCCGUGCGAUUAUGGCAGCUGUAUGCACUAACCUGGCUGCGUGCACCGGUGGAAUCACAUGGUGCUUAGUCGACUACCGUCUGGAGCGCAAAUGGUCAACAGUCGGUUUCUGCUCCGGCGUUAUCGCUGGCUUGGUCGUUAUCACCCCCGGAUCUGGAUAUGUGCCUGCCUGGGCGGCGGUCAUCUUUGGUAUCGCUGGUGGCGUUUGCUGCAACUACGCCACAAAGCUGAAAUACUUCCUCCGAUGCGAUGACGCGCUUGACAUCUUCGCGGUACACGGUGUUGGUGGAUUCCUUGGCAACAUCCUGACUGCUUUCUUUGCUGCCGAUUACAUAGCUCACCUUGACGGCUACUCGGUCAUCGCUGGUGGCUGGUUGAACCACCAUUGGAUCCAGCUAGGCUACCAGCUUGCGGAUUCCGUCGCUGGAGGCGCCUAUUCCUUUGUAGGCACCUGCAUCAUCCUUGGUGCCCUCGACUUCAUUGGCAAAUUCGUCCCAGCCCUUAGACUCCGUGCUAGCGAAGAAGAGGAAAUGGCCGGAAUUGACGAUGUUGAGAUUGGAGAAUUCGCUUACGACUACGUCGAGCUCACCCGUGAAGUCCCAAUGAUCCCUGACGACGAGGUUGACGAGGGCAUGUCGACGCGCUCGUUCGAAGGCCAAGGCGCAGGCAUGGCCAUGAGUGGCCACCACGAGAAAGCACAGGACUCGGUAGACUCGGGCAACCAACUUGCCGAAUGGGCGCACCGCGCAUGAUCUUUCAUUGUUGUUCUAUUUCUAUAAUCGCGCUAUACCAUUUGCUUUGUCACAAGUUCUAGGAGAGGUGUCGCAAGGGGUCGCUGGCCAUGUUGGACAACCGGCCACUUCGAUGGACGAACGUGUAAUUGUAUAUGAGAGGUUGGAUGUAUUGUAUGUGGUCGGACGAAGUAUUGACGGAGAUGUAGUAAAACAUACCAGGCUUAUUUAGUUGGAUUUGAAAGUUAGACGAAG